AUGGGAAACGACACAGAGCCAUUUGUCUUCGUCGAUGAAAAAAUAAGCACCGUGGCUCGAAAGGUCAUCCAGCAACAGACAACAGAUGGAGCAUUCUUUGUUUGUGACGUCAGAGACUUGGAGCACAAAGUGGACUUAUGGCGGCAAGAACUGCCCGGGAUCACCCCGUUCUACGCGGUCAAAUGUUCUACUGAUCCCGUGGUCCUACACACCCUCAGUUCACGCGGAGUCAAUUUUGACUGCUCCAACAUGAGUGAAAUCAAGAUGGUUCUGGAGAUGGGCGUCAGUCCCGACCGCAUCGUGUACGCCAACACGAUCAAGUCUUCGUCCCACCUCGACUUCGCCAGCGAGCAUGGCGUCACACUCAUGACCUUCGACUGCAUGGAGGAACUCGGCAAGAUCAGUGACAAGAACGCCCGACUGCUGCUUCGAAUUGCAUCCAACGAAACCGGCAGCGGCAUCACGAUGAACAACAAGUUCGGUUGUCGUCUCGAGGAGGCCGGAAACCUGCUGCAGAUUGCUCGCUAUAUGGGUUUCAACGUCGUUGGCAUUGCGUUCCACGUCGGAGCGGCCUACCGGUGUCCCGACAUUUUUGCUCGGUCGAUCGCGGAGGCGAGGAGCGUCUUCAACGUCGGCAUCAGGAUCGGGCACCCGAUGACCGUGCUAGACAUCGGAGGCGGAUUUACCGGCGGUCUUCGGUCACACGACAGGCUGUUGAAGCUCUGUGAAACGAUCCGGGUGGCCGUCGACGAGUACUUUCCGGCCUCGAGCGGAGUGCGGGUGAUCGCUGAGCCGGGACAGUUCUUCGUAACCUCAGCAUACACACUGGCCACGAGAGUGGUCGCCGAGAGGAGGAAAGACAUCGAAAUCAACGGUGAGAUUCUCAGCCACAAGGACAUCUUUAUCAACGAGAGCCUAUGCAACUGCAUCAACAGGGACCUGUUUCGAUUCAUGGACAUUGGAAUACGGCCCCUCAAUCCGCCGCAUGAGCGCCCCUGCAACGUCCUGAGCACGGUGUGGGGCGCCACCUGCAACCCCCUGGACUGCAUCCUGGACAAACAGCCGCUCUUCGAGGUGUGCGUCAACGAAUGGCUGCUCAUGGAUAACAUGGGCGCCUACACCCUUGUCGGGGCCUCGGGCUUCAACGGAUUCGGUUUCCCGCCCGUCCACUACGUCGCGUCCGCCGCCUCGGCCACCGCGGUCCGCCAGGUCCUCAAGUCGAUGAACGUCCGGAGCGGCUACGGUCACAUGGAGCAACUCGUGAAGCCCAGACGCCCGCAGAGCCACCAUCAUUUACGACGAUUCUCGGCUACGCCGGACAUGUUUGUGUGCGCAGAUUAG